AUGUUGACGAAACCGUUGAAGCGGCUGAAAGAGUUGGCUGUUGAUUUGAUUGAUUUUCGCCGACGGAAAGCGCAAACAAACAACCAGCCGAGCCAAGACUCCCGACGCUCCCACGUGGGGGAAUGGCGGGCAGAGCGCGGAAUGGCAAGGUUAACCGGGGUGCGGAGGAACGGCUUUGGCGAGAGUCAAUCGCGGGAUGUGGAGAUAAAUAAAUUUAACGUACCAGCUGUUAGUAGAGACCAUGAUGAUGAUGAUGAUGAUGAUGAUGAUGAUGAUGAUGAUGAUGAUGAUGAUGAUGAUGAGAUCUGCUGUUCUUAA